UUCAGAGCGCAUGCGCAGUAGAGGCGGGGCUGUGCUGUGAGGGCCUCACGCUCAGGGGGCGAGCCCAAGUGUUCGCUGGUUGGCGGGUGCGUGACUGCGGCUCCGCCCCCUCCGGCUGCUGGUUGGUGUGCGUGCGCCCGAGGCUCCGGCCCCUCCUCGCUGGUUGGCUGGCGCGGGCCAAUGGGCUGUGCCGCGUGGCGGUGGCGGGAAGUGCGGCGGGCACCGGCCGGGAUUUUCCUGCAGGUGAAAGUCUGAGGAGUGUUAUGACUUCAAAGGUCUUUUUUGUCUGUUGCCCACUGGGCCACAAAAAGAUAUGGCUGCAGAAGCUAAGUACAGCAUUGUAAGGGAAGUGGGCCGAGGGAGCUAUGGGGUAGUUUACGAGGCAGUUGUCAGUCAAACCAGAAACAAAGUGGCAGUGAAAAGGAUGCAUUGUAAUGUACCUGAAAAUGUGGAACUGGCUUUGCAAGAGUUCUGGGCCCUGCAAAGUGUCCAGAGCCAACAUGAGAAUGUGAUCCAGUUAGAAGAGUGUGUCUUGCAGAGUGGCCAAGUCUUUCAGCCAAUCAGCCGCCAGUACAGGAAAUCCGACAGUCAUCUGCUGCUGAUUGAGACCUGUCUGAAAGGGCGGAGAUGCAUGGACCCCAAGUCUGCCUGUUUUGUGUGGUUUGUGAUGGAGUUCUGUGAUGGUGGAAACAUGAAUGAUUUUUUGCUGUCUCGCACUCCAGAUUCACAGCUGAAUAAUAGCUUCAUGCAGCAGCUGAGCAGUGCUGUUGCCUUCUUGCACAGAAAUCAGAUUGUGCACAGAGACCUGAAGUCGGAUAAUAUUCUUAUUUCCCAUAGCCCUGGAGGUCCUUUAGUAAAGGUAGCAGACUUUGGCCUGAGUAAGAUAUGCCAGGGGAAAGUGAAUGUGAACCAGCAUUGUUUCUCAUCAGCCUGUGGGUCAAACUUCUACAUGGCACCAGAAGUGUGGGAAGGUCGCUAUACUGCCAAAGCUGAUAUCUUUGCCCUCGGGAUCAUUUUCUGGGCUAUGGUAGAGAGGAUUACCUUCAAGGAUGGAGACUCUGAGAAGGAAUUGCUGGGAACCUACAUCUGUCAAGGCAAGCAGCUUAUUCCUGUUGGGGAGGCGCUGCUGGAGAAUCCCAACAUGGAACUGCAAAUUCCUCUGAAGAACAAGAAGUCCAUGCCAGACGAUCUUUGCAGACUCCUGCAUGACAUGUUAACAUUUAACCCAAAGGAAAGACUGGAUGCCUUCCAACUAGAAAUUCGAAUCAGGAGAAUCUCUUAUGGCAAAAAGCGCCAACGCUCAUAGCAGCAUGGGGUGACCAGGUCCUGUAUUCUUCUGUUACCAUCACACAAGCAUCCUGACCAAUACCUCUGAAUUCUCCUUGGAUUAAUGGUUUGACUCUGAGGGAGACUGGUCAGAAUAAAUCUUGACUGCUUCCCAUUUACCCCAAUGGUUGUAUGUAAAGGAACAAUUAUUUAUUUGUAUAGUAAUUUUAAUAUGCAAGUCUUAUAUAGAUUGCCCAAUUUUUUUAAAUGGAGUAUCGCAGACUGACCCUUCACUUGUAUAAUAGUGAAGGAGGAUGUUGGUGACUGGGGCAGCCAGCCUUAUCAACUCAGUGGCCAUGCUCCGAAGAGUCAAUUCCAGUAUAACCUGUUCUUGGUACAGCAGAUGGGGAUUGUCUUGUACAGUGUUUAAUUAGAGCUUUCCUUGUAAUUCCUUCAUUCCGUGGGACUUGGCAGGUAACUAAAUGGUGGCUGUUUUUGAAAGAGUUGGCAUGGUGUAAUCUAAUCUAAUGUUUAUCCAAAAACUUUCUAGCAGAAACAGAAUGUAUUUAUUUUAAGAAUGCAUUUCUGUUAAUCUAAGCAAGAAUAUUCACAAACUACUGUGAUGAAAAUACAAAGACUUUUAAUAUGCCAAAUUGUUAUUGGAAUGUAUGCAUCACUAUCACUUUAAGUAGUUAGAGACUGAAGCUGCCUGCUGUGUUAGCUGUUUGUCCCAGCUAUUCUGACAUGGGAAAUGAAAAGGACAGAACUGGAGUACUGGCAGGUAAAUAGGGACUCAACCUAUUUCCAACCUGUCUGAAAAUAGUUAACACCUGUGGGAUUGAUAUUUUAACUCUUUCUAAAAGCCCUUAGUUCAAGGAAGGUAACUAAGUAGCCUUGGUUUUCCUUCCAAUUCUCUUCUCGCCGUAUGCUCUAUUUUAACUUGUGGUUUGGAGGUGGGCUACAGUAUCUUUAGACACAACUGAUUUUAUGGGACAGGAAUGUAUUGUCAGAGGAAGAGAGAAGAGACCCCCUCCUUUUGUCUCAAUGUAUGCCUAUGCCAUACAGGAGACCUUGCCAACACACAGGCAUGUUGGGAGAGGGUAUUGGGGGAAGAAGACUGAUGUGAAGACUUCACAACAGCACCAUUUAUGGAGGGAGAUCAGUGCUUGGAAUUAAUGGCAAAAAUUGUUUGAAAUAUGUUACAGAUUUUUAAAAAUUAAUCAGAUCUCUGGGCCUUGUCCUUUUGCUGUGGGUGCAUUAGCUACUGGCUGCAAACCAGUCUCCAUUCUCUCUGUCCCCUUCCCUUCCAUUCUGGCACAGAACCGUGACUGCAAUAUAAAAGCUUCUGCAUUCCCUCAUCUUAAGUUUCUAUAGUUAGAACCUUCCCUAGACUAUAAGCCACACUACUUACUUGUUUGAUCUGGAAGCCCUAGUGGGCUUCACAGGGAGAAGUGGAGAACUUUCCCUGUGGCUUGAUGAUGCCUACCUCCGUAAAAUGCUGCACUGCAUAGAUAUCUUGCAGACUCAAGUCAUCUGAGCUCUAGCUGUAACCAUCAAAUAACAAACGAAUAUCCAUGAUCUGAGCUGCUGCAGGAACAUAGCCAAAACUCUCCUUUACCAAACUCUUGGAAAAACCUCAGAAUCUUUUAAUAAACUUAGUGCUGGUGGAAGUUGCUGGCCUGGCAGUUACAGAGUGAGGUAGCAGUGCAAAUGUUUGCUCUACAUGCUGCCCUGGACAAGUAGAUUAGCUAUAGCCAAUGAAAGGAGUUGGUUCUUCCCAGCCAGUUCAGCAUUGCUUAGAGGGAUAUGGUUGGAUAGGUUCAAGCAGGUGAGAAUGGGAGUCUGAAACUCAUUUGUCAUUUGGAAAUUUUAGAUGUUGUAUUUUGAAGAAGGUUCUUAUCUCAUUAAAGCAAUGAGACUAUUAGUAAUUAUGCUUUGGCUUUGGUCUGCUCUUCUUCCCAUACAAUACUGCCCAAUUUUACCUGUUGCUGUGGCUUUAUUUGUUUCUCAAGUUAGAUGGCUCAUAUCUCAUGAUCUUCCUUAGAAACUAUAGCACCAGCUGAGUGUUUUUUGCUAACCGGCUUUAGGCUGCCAAAUUGUUCAACCUGCUUUACUGAAGAAAUUAUUCUUUAAAAUGUAUUUCUUCUUCCUUCUCUCUUCACUCCCACAGCUAUUGAAACUGUGCUGUCUGUCUCUCCAGUACCAUCUGUUCUGGGAACAGGCAAGUCUGCUAGUCUUGUGGAACCAUCAUAGUUGAGGAAGAGUCAAACUUUGGAAUGUAGACCACAAUUAAGAUUGCACCAGGCAAUAAAACCACUUAGAGGCACUUUAAAUGUUUGUAUGGCACAGGAUUGGCAACUCUUGCUUGUUUUGUCAUACUUUGUUGAUGAUCUCCACAGCCUCUAUGUUAGAAAUACUUAUUUGUAUGUGUGCAUUUUUGUUACCUCAGACUGUGUAUUUUAAAUUUAAUAAAAGGUUUUAUACAGA